UCCAGAUCCAGUCAUCCAGAUUCCAGAGGUUGAUUUGGUCUUGCAGGUUGCAGUAUCUAAUCCAAUAUCAGAAAUUUGUAGCACAGCUUCUCAUUUAGGGAUAGGGUGUUGCAUUUUCCUGAAUUACUACAAUUGCAAUUUGAGGUGUUUCGGCAACUGUUGUUUACAUUUUAGUAAUUGUUGGUUAUCGUGUAAUUCGGGCAUGGAUGAAACGGUUUUAGCUGCUCAUGAGAGGCCGUUAUGUUUUCCUUCUGCCUUUGAAGACAAGGAUGAUGACGGAGAUUUUGACAGUACCGGCACUAACGGUUUUGACGAAGAAAUUCCAAACAGUGAAACGCCCCCCUUCGCUAAAUCCCUAUCGGGUGUAGGCAAAUACAACUCAGAACUGUCCAAUGAGAUUUCGGCUCCCUACGAGGUGCCCCAGUUCCCGAUUGAACAGAUUGAAAAUAAGCUAGCCAUUCAACGACAUCUCACUCCAAAAGUUGCGAAGGACAUAGAGGAGAAGAAGAGCUUGUACGAGCCGUCAUUGGCCCUGCAGAACACCGCCAUAAUCGACCAAUCACGACUCGACGAGCAUGACUUUGUUCCGCACUUCCAACGCGUCAGCAUCAGCGGCGAGGACACCAGUGGUGUGGCGCCGGAAGACAUGCGACAAGCGUCGCGACUGCUGGUGGAGGCGAUGCACAUCCGCGGCAGCUACAUGGAGAUGUCGCAGCAGACCUUCCCGUCGCUCACCGCACGUUUCCUCCAGAAAGUGCACGAGCACAGUUUCAUCAAACAUGAGGAUAGAAAGAGUGUUGAAGGUAUCUCAACAACCAAUCACCCAGUGCACGCACCGGCCAGCAAGGGCGACCCCUGGGCGUGUGACACGCCCCCCGGCAAGGGCUACCUGCUGCGCUCCAACAAGGGCGUGUUCCAGGUGUAUCGCAGUCAGGAGGCACUGGACGCCAACCAACCCAUCGACUACCCCUACCCCGACCUCGAGCAGUUUGUCACCGACAUGAACCGGCUAUGCAUGCUCAUCGCUGAUGGUCCACUAAAAUCGUUUUGCUAUCGCCGCCUCAGUUAUCUGUCGUCGAAGUUCCAGCUGCACGUUCUUCUCAACGAAAUGAAAGAGAACGCCCUACAGAAAGCUGUGCCACAUCGUGAUUUCUACAACAUUCGCAAGGUUGACACUCACAUCCACGCGGCGUCGUGCAUGAACCAAAAGCACUUGUUGCGCUUCAUCAAGAAGACGCUGAAGAACCACGCGGACGAGGUGGUCACCAAGACAGCCAAGGACGGCGAGAUGACGCUGCGUCAGGUCUUCCAGUCCAUGAACCUCACCUCCUACGAUCUCACCGUCGAUAUGCUCGAUGUGCAUGCCGACCGCAACACAUUUCAUAGAUUCGAUAAGUUCAACGCCAAAUACAACCCGAUUGGAGAGAGUAGACUCAGGGAGGUGUUCCUCAAAACAGACAACUAUCUCAAUGGAAAAUAUUUCGCCAGAAUCAUCAAGGUAAGCAGUCUCUUACAAGGUACUUUCGAGAAAGACCUUUCCAGAAACACCUUAAUCUACAUUGUACCAAGAACUUUCAAUGAUUUACCCGAUAAUUGUGCUGAGUUUGUUAACUGGGCUAUCCAAAACAACGUCUACUCCGACAAUGUUCGCUGGCUCAUACAGAUUCCUCGUCUCUUUGAUAUUUUCCGAACAAACAAUUUGAUGACAAACUUCCAGGAGCUCCUUGACAACAUCUUCCUUCCGCUCUUCGAAGUAACAAAUGAUCCCAGCAGUCAUCCAGAUCUCCAUCAGUUCCUUCAAUAUGUGAUAGGUUUUGAUUCAGUGGACGAUGAAAGCAAGCCAGAGAACCCGCUGUUUGACAAGGAUGUUCUGACUCCAGAUCAGUGGAAAGAUGAAGAGAAUCCACCCUAUGCAUACUACCAGUACUACACCUACGCCAAUCUCUGUGUUCUGAACCAUUUCAGAAGAGAACAAAAACUGAACACGUUUGUUCUUCGGCCACAUUGUGGCGAAGCUGGUCCAGUCCAGCAUCUAGUUUGUGGAUUCAUGAUGGCUGAAGGCAUAUCUCAUGGAUUGCUUCUAAGAAAAGUACCUGUCCUGCAAUAUCUGUACUACCUGACGCAGAUUGGAAUCGCGAUGUCGCCACUCAGCAACAACUCUUUGUUCCUCAACUAUCACCGCAACCCGUUGCCAGAGUAUCUGGCUCGCGGUCUGUGUGUCAGCCUCUCCACAGACGACCCUCUCCAGUUCCACUUCACCAAGGAACCUCUGAUGGAAGAAUACAGCAUAGCUGCUCAAGUGUGGAAGCUGAGUUCUUGCGACAUGUGUGAGUUGGCACGCAACAGUGUCAUCAUGAGUGGAUUCCCCCACGUGAUGAAGCAGCAUUGGCUUGGGCCUAAUUACACAAAAGAGGGCGUGGCAGGCAACGAUAUUUCGCGUACAAAUGUGCCAGACAUCCGUGUCUCGUUCAGAUACGAAACUCUAGUCGAAGAGCUGUCCAACAUAUUCAAGGAAACCAACACUGAGAACUUGCCUUGAGCGCUGCAAUGAUCCAUGCUAAUUUCAACAAUUUCGCUUGAAAUUGCAUCACAUCUUGUUAAAACAAAACAAAUUAUAUAUUACUUGACAAGUAUUCAAGAGUUCCGUUGUAGUUCUAAUCUAAAUAAAUGUAUGUUCGGUGUUGUGUACAAUAAUAAUAUUGUUACCUUGAUUCCCAAUAUGUUAUUCCAGUUUUAACUAAAUCUGAUGAAUGUUACUUUUAAAUGUUGACAAAGUGUUAUAUACCCAUCUCCACUAAAUAUUACAAUUAAGCUGAAUAUAAUAUAAAAAUUUCUUAUUCUAUCUCCUAUUCCAUGUCAUUAUAAACAGUUUGAAAUAUUUUUUAAUAUGUUUCAUAUUUGUAACCUUUUUAUUACGUAGAUAAUGUUGAAAUUUGUCUGAUUGUACUUUGAUACCAAUAGUUUGUAUUGUGUUAUAGGUUAUAAUUGGUUUUAAUUCAUGAAUGAGAUAUUGUGACCAAAAGUCUGUGAUGUACUUUACUGACUAUUUAAUAGUAUAUUAUAUAUCUCCUAUUUCCAAAACUUGCACUGUAGAAACUAGGUGCUUACCAAAAAUAGAAUAAGCAAACUACUGGAACUCUGUUUUUACAUUAAUUUCUUAUUUAUGGAAUAAUAUAUGUAGAUAAUUCAAAGUUGGACAUGGCGAAAAUAAAUUGAUGAAUAAUUCAAAACCAGAAACAAAGUAAUACUUUUGUCUCGUUUUAAUAAAGUUGAGCUUUCAUAAGAAACAGCUUCUUCAACAUGCAAGAAAAAAUUCAUGCUUUUCAUUAAGUUUUUUAUGCUAUAAAUACGAAGGGUUGAGAAAGUAUAGAAAAAUUCAUUGAAAUCGGUAAAGAUUAUAGGUUUUAUGGAUUCCAAGAGUUUUUUGAGUAAAUUUUUAGGUAGAUUCCUCACUAUCUAAUGCGUCUAGACACUUUCACUUUGAAUAGGGAUGUAUUGGAAUUUAAAUAUAAUAACUUUGUUGCUAAAAACAAUUUUUGAAUUACAGCAAUUCUUAAUAUCAGCUCUCAAUUUGCUAUUCAACAGAUUAUGUUAAUUUGUCUGUUCAAAUGGUAGCAUUUGAAUAUUAUACUAGUUUUGAUCUAAGAAAUUGUAGGAAAAGUCGAAAAUCAUGAGACAUCCUCAAUAGUUCCUUGAUUCAUGAUUAAUCAGUUAAUUUAACUGAUAAAUAUGUCACUGUAGCUAGAGUAACAGUAGCUACUUUGCUCCAACUGCUUUGGUUGAUACUUUCGAGCUAUAUAGUGAAGUUGUGUUAGUAAUGAAAUUGACCUUAGCUAUAUGAAUGGUAAUCUCCAAAUUAAACUAACAAAAAACUUGAAGUUUUUGGUCAGCACCACCAUCACCCCAAAUCGUAGCCCAGAAAAUAGUAAGGUUGUACUCAUUUAUAGUUUCAGAAAUAUCUAUAUUUUGAUACAAGACUGUAUAAUAAUUGUUGAAUAUUGAUGUUGAAUGCUUAUCUAGAAUAUAAUGAAUAUGCCGUAAUGUAUUUGUUUUAUAGAGUAAUAAAAAUGUUGAUUUUUAUUAAUUUUAUUGAACUUCUAUGAAUGUCUUUUCUACAAGUGGUAGGUGUUUUUAUUGUAAAGUUUUUAUUUUAAGUUUACUAUUUUGUUUACGUUGAAUUGCGAAAUAAAAAAAUAAUUCAAA